AUGAGCGCCACCGCCGCCCUCGCGCCUGCCGGCACCCGGUCCCCAGACAAGAGCAAGGGCAAGGCCCUCCCGUCGGCGUCGGCCACGUCGUCCGACGACGCUGCGGCUCCCGCUGCUGCCGGUGCGGGCACGACGAACGCCAAGAACGUGGCUAGUCCCGGAGAGAUGUGUGGUUUUGUGGACACGCUCCUCAACCAGCUCGAGUCGCGCUUUGACGACAUGAGCGAACAGGUUCUCAACAGGAUGACCGAGAUGUCUGGCAGGAUAGACAACCUCGAGACCGCGAUUGCGGACCUGAUGCACGACAACCACAGCUCGCCCACGACCCCGAGCAAGAAGUAG